AUGUCUAAGGCAGACUGUGAGAUGGGUUACAGGGGAAGGCAAUCCUCCCAGGGCAGGAACUCCUUGUUACUUGUACUCCUGCUGCUGUUUCUGAAGGAGAUUAAUGGUCGCUGUCUACAUGAAGAAAUACAGAAGUCUGUGCGUCUUCUUCAGCCAUCUGUUUCCCCAUUGUCCCUCAAGCAAAGAUCUGGUUCCCUUUCCCAUUCCAGUGCUCCAAGCCCCAUUCGUAUCCGGGUCUGGUACCCUAAGAGAUCCAGGUUAAAAAGUGAGACUUUGUUCUCUGAGGGAGACUGGGUGUCCUGGGAGCCUCAGAUAGAUGCAGUUCUGAGAGAUGCCAUUCAUCAAAUCCAGAGGGUGCUUGCAGUUCUACCAGUGCGAGGACCCCUUCUUCUAAGCCGUGACCCAGAACAGUACUGUCAAGUUAUCUGGAGGGAUCCAGACUCCUCACACCACUACAGAUGCAGCCUUCUGAACCCUGGCUAUAUGGGAGAGAAUUGUCUUGGGGUAGAGAUCCCUGAUACUCAUCUCCGUGGUUACUCCUUAUGGCCAGAACAGGGCUCCCCAGAAUUGAUCCAACCAGAUGGACUUGGAAUUCCAGACACUGAUUUCCUUUUGUAUGUACAAGUUACCCACACUCUGAAAUGCCACCAUGAGCCCUCCAUCAUUGCCUAUUCUGCCUGCUGCCAGCUGGAUGUUUCAGAUCGGCCCCUUGCAGGCACCAUCAUCUUCUGUGCACCACAACUCACUAGCCUCCGAUACAAUCACAAUGACAUUGUCAUGGCCACAAUACAUGAAUUGUUCCAUUCCCUGGGCUUCUCUGGAAAACUCUUCAAGAAAUGGAGGGAUUGUACUAUAGGCACCAGCACUGAAGAAAUAUGCUCUCCGAGACAGCAGGUGACCAGAAGGGAUGAAUGGGGACAGUUAAUUCUCACCACUCCUACUGUAAGCCACAGCCUAGCCAGGCAUUUAGGAGUCUCAGAAGCCUUGCAGGGAGUGCCCCUGGAGGAAGAGGGCCCAUCCUCUUCUCACUGGGAAGCCCGUUUACUCCAGGGCUCUGUGAUGACUGCCACCUUUGAUAGUGCCCAUCGCACCAAGAUUGACCCUAUCACUCUUGCUGCCUUUGCCGACUCUGGUUGGUACCAAGUCAAUCACAGUGCCGCACAGGAACUGCUAUGGGGUCAGGGAUCUGGUUUAAACUUUGGAUUGGUGACAUCCUGUAGAUCUGGCUCCUCAGAUUUCUUCUGCGUUGGCAGUGGGCUGGGCUGUCACUACCUGCACUUUGACAAGGGCCACUGCUCAUCGGAUCCCCUGCUGGAAGGUUGCCGCAUGUACAAGCCAUUAGCAAAUCGUAGUGAAUGCUGGAAGAAGGGAAAUGCACCACAGCCUAAUGAAGGAAACCCACAUGGGGAGAUCUAUCAUCCCAAAAGUCGCUGCUUCAUUGCCAACCUCACUUCAGUCCUAGUGCUCAGAAGAGGCACCUUCAAGCAGGUGGAGCUCACUGGUCGAUGCUACUUACAUCGAUGCACAGAAGGCAGUACAUUUUAUGUUCGAGCAGCAGGAUCACCAUGGGUCCCAUGCCUCCCAGGGAAACCUAUUCAGGUCCCAGGAUAUUAUGGCCUCCUCUUCUGUCCUUGGGGCCCGUUCUGCCAAGCAAAUAAGGAUCUCAUGGCUCUUCCUUCCUCAACUACAAGCCCUUCAUCCCCAAGCUUGCUGAUCCAGUUGGACCUGGGACUAGCUGGCCCCCCAGGCUAUUAUCUGAGCAAGAUGCAGCAGCAAGAAUUGACCCAAUCUAUAUUGCAAGCUCUGGUGAUCAGGGCAGGGGUACACAUGUGCCAUUUCCACAGACCAUCAAUAAACUCCAACCUGGUGUUUACUGUGCAUAUGUGGACGUUUCCUGGCUGUCAAGGACCUCCAAGUGAAGUUCUGUAUAGAUCCUUGAGCCAAUCCCUCAAUGAUACACCAUUAAAUAUUGACUAUGGUGGAGCCACUUUUACUACAGACUACAGCAGGUAAGAUGCCAUUCCAAUAUACUCCUCUUUUGGCUCAAAGACAAGAGUAGCAUUUAACACUCAUGUGACCCUAUGCUACCAACAUAUUACAUUUUAUCUGAAGACAUGGUUCCUAACCAACAAUGAUCACAUGAAAUUGUAGAGCUUAUCCAUUUCCAAGCCCAAGGGAUCAGCCUCUCCUUUUAGGAUUUGUACUCCUGCCUUACCUCAAAAUCCACCACCAACACAAGCUAGGACAGAUCUCUUUCCUGAUACUUAAGUUUCAUGAAAUGAUAUUUAGGUGUUGCUACAUAAGACCAAAGGAUUUAGAGUAGGGGCAUGAAGUCUUCUGCAACCUUCUAAUUGUCAUUUAUCUCAUUUUAGAACUCUUCCACUUGAAGAUGAUGACAGGUUGGGGGUGAGGUGUCCAUAGGAAUUUCAAGGGAUAAAAUGAAAAUUCUUAUAAAGAUACUAAUCACUAAAUGUUCCUUCUUUAUAUUUAGGUGGCUGGCUACACCUGGGUUCACAACCUUAAGUCCAGGUAUAAUCCUGCUCAUAGGCCUCAGUCUUGUGCUUCUUAUUCUGAUGGGUACAGGGGGAAUUGUGACCUACUGGAAAUAUCAAGCUUCCCUUCGAGUGGCACCAUCAGCUUCUUCAUCAAGCCUCCAAAGAUCAGUAAGAAGACUAUCUGAGGGAAUGAGGGAAGUGUAAAGUGCCAUUAUUAUGAUAAUGAACUGAGAGGUCAAAGAGUUAUUAGGUAUGAUCAUGUCAUUCCUCUGCUUAGGAAGAAAUUUCAAUAGCUAGACAGAUUAUGACAUUUU